AUGAGAAGAUCCAAUUUAGAACUGUAGCGUUCACUUCAAGAUGCCCCAAAGGGAAAAUACUCAUCUGCAAGUCUCAUCUUUCAAAACUGUCUGCAUUCUUUCAGUCAAAGGAAAAUGUUUUUUGAGAAAGAUGACUGAAAUCUGUGAACAAAGCUGGCUUUACAAGGAUACUGCAUGAAAGACAAUAUGCCUUACAAGGGACACUUAUCUUGAAGGGGUGACACUGUGCUCUUAAACUAAAACACAGGCACUGUAAAAACACUGAUCUUCAACAAGAAUAAGGAUUAUAGAAACUGCAUCAGAAUGUUUGUUAGUCCCAGAAGAGUCAGAAGAUGCCAUUUUUUGCAGAUAUUUGCCACUUGCUUCAUACUGUGUCUCAUGAUUUUUUGGGGACCAUUUGAUAAUCACAUUGUGAGCCAUAUGAAGUCCUAUUCAUACAGAUACCUCAUAAAUAGCUACCAUUUUGUGAAUGACAGCCUGUCUAUCAACAGGGAUAACUUGGACAGAGUAUCAGGCUACCAGUACUUGAUCAAUCACAGAGAGAAAUGUCAGCAGCAGGAUGUCCUUCUCCUGUUGUUUGUGAAGACUUCUCCUGAAAACCGUCAUCGGAGGGAUGCAAUUAGACAAACUUGGGGUAAUGAGAAGUAUGUUCGUUCUCAACUUAAUGCCAAUAUUAAAACUCUUUUUGCUUUAGGACGACCAACAGAUCAUCUGCAGCAAACACGGCUGCAAAGAGAACUUCAACUGGAAGACCAGAAAUACAAUGAUUUGAUUCAGCAAGACUUCUUGGAUACUUUUCACAAUCUUACUCUUAAAUUGCUUUUGCAGUUUAGCUGGGUGAAUGCCUACUGUCCUCAUGCCAGGUUCAUUAUGUCUGCAGAUGAUGAUAUAUUUAUCCAUAUGCCAAAUCUUGUUGCUUAUCUCCAAAGUCUAGCACAAAUGGGUGUUCAAGAUCUCUGGAUUGGUCGUGUCCAUCGUGGAUCCCCUCCCGUAAGAGACAAAAGUAGCAAAUACUAUGUUCCAUAUGAAAUGUACCAGUGGCCCUCUUAUCCUGACUACACAGCAGGAGCUGCAUAUGUAGUAUCGAAUGAUGUAGCAGCUAAAGUAUAUGAGGCUUCACUGACUCUCAAUACAAGUCUUUAUAUAGAUGAUGUUUUCAUGGGUCUCUGUGCCAAUAAAAUGGGAAUUGUACCACAAUAUCAUGUAUUUUUUUCUGGGGAAGGAAAGGCUCCAUAUCAUCCCUGCAUUUACAACAAAAUGAUGACAUCUCAUGGACACACAGAUGAUCUUCACCAGCUCUGGAAGCAGGCUACAGAUCCCAAAGUUAAAAAGUUUUCUUCGGGAAUUUGGGGUAGAAUAUACUGCAGACUAGUCAAUAUUGUGCUUCUCUGUAAACUAUACUAUGAGGACACAUAUCCUUGUUCAGCUGCAUUUUCUUAAUACUUGAAUAUCUGUGUUGAAAAUCCACUGAGCCAAAACAGAGCAACAACUUUUUAGCUGUUUAUUCAAAAUAUACGUAAACAUGGAAAG